AGUAAUAUGGUACACUUUUCUCUUUGUUUCAUCGAUUUAGCGAUUAAUAAACCACGUAAAAUCUUCUGUAUACAAGUUAUUUUCAUAGAAGAUUAUUGGUCAUCGUGGUCCAACGAUAGAUAAAGAAAAAUUUUAAUAAUGUUUACACCAUCAAAACCAACAGAGGCAGAUUUUAUUGAUGUGACCGUCUUAAAUACUCCGCAACCACAAGCAACUUCAACUGUACAAAGAAAAAGCACACUGGAAAGUAAGGUUCUUGAAAAAGGUAUUAAUGAAGCUGUUUAUAAGCAGCCUGUUAUACACAAAAAUGACGUGAUAAAGAAAUUUGAUGAAUCUUCUCUUGGUAUACUUAACAAUAUAUCUUCCUUUUUAGCUGAAGUAAGUGGAAUGGCGGAAAUAGAUAAGCAAAGUGAGAGUAAACUAGAUACAGAACGUGAACUUGCUAGAAAACUACUUCAGAGAUGUAGUGAUUUAAAAACUACAUCUAGUAUAUAUGAUACAAACAAGGAAAAUAAUGCAAAUAGUCAAAACUUAUCAGAUAAUAUUACUUCUUCAGUACUGAUUAAUUCAGGUCAAUCUGUAUGUUCCAAUCAAGUUAAUCUUCAAAAUGAAAAUACUUCACAUUCAGCUACUAAUAAAACAAAUAAUGUUGUCUUUGAACCAAAUGAAAUAAGUGCACGUUCAUCUGGAUUAAGUAGAAAUUCAGUGAAAUGUUUAUCAUCAUCAUCAUCAAGUAAAAAUUUGAACACAAUAUCAUUUGAUACAACAACUGCUGAUUUUAUGGCUCAAUUUAAUAGUGAAGAAUUUCGUCCUGCUUCUGAAAUGGCUAGUCAAAUGCUAGCUGAUGAAGUGUCUUGGCAACAAAAUUAUUCUUAUGCCCUUCCUACCACAACUUCUAAUGAAAAAGAGUACUUAAACUUAUCCUGUUUCUCUGGUAUCAUUGGUGAACUAGACUUAUCAGUAGAAUCGUGUGCUGGGCGCAAGGUAUCAGUGAGUGAAUUCUUUAGAAGAAAAUGCGGAAAUUUUGGAGAAUUAUCAGAUACUGCGAUAGAAAGGCCGAGUUUAGGUAUAUCUGUAAAUAGUCCGAAAAAGAAAAGUCAGCUUAUACCUCUGGUCGAUUCUACUGUAGAAGAAGUUUCAGUUGGAUCCAGUACUGUUAAAGAUAAAACUCAAAAUAUUCCAAAUACAACAAAAGAUAUAGAAGAGCAAAGUAUUAUGAGUUUGACUAGUAUUGCUCAAGCAUUACAGGAUAUUGAUAAUGGUACACCACGAAGAUUGGUGGAUCAGCUUAUCAUGGCAAAAAAAAAGAGAAAACCUGCGCCAAUACAAGAAGAGGAUCCAGUUAGAGAUACUUACACAUUAAUGCCUUCAAAUAGAAAAUCUAUGCCGAUUACUUCAAGUAGAAGUAUCGAUAAUUUCGAAAAAGAUAUGGGACUAUUAAACCUUUCAACAAAAUUAUCUCUUGAUAGUAAAAUGACUAAUGAAACUAUAGAUGUUAAGCACACUGUUCCAAAAAUGUUAUCGUUUGACUCUAACUCAGGUGCAAAAACAAAUUUUGAGAUUCCUUGUCAAGAACUUAAAAAAGAAAUAAGUAAUGGAAAUUUGCCAUCUUCAUACAAUGAAGAUUUUAAAUCAUUGUUAGAAAGUUCUAAAUUAACUCUUCCAAAUUAUAUAGAAAACAAAAUAUCGCAUCAAACGUCAAAUAUUAACACAAUGAUCAGUCACGAAAAAAAAUCUGUCGAUUUCAAAAAAGAAGAAAUAGCAGAAAAAGAAAAUAUAAAAAAGGAAAAUAUUUCAUAUAAAGAUAAAUCAGAAACUUCUAUACAAGACCUACCAAAUUUACAAGCGACUCAAUCUUAUACUAACAAUGUUAUCAUUGGUAAAAGUACAGAAGAACUAUGUAGUUGUAUCGUCGGUAUAUCUAGAGAGGCUAAUAUUGAACUUUUAAAUAAGAGUGAUAGAUGGGUCAUUUGUGCAUUAAAUGUAAGUCAAGUUCAAGGAGACAAGCACAAUGUUCAGCUCAUAUUACCGAAAGAUGUUAUUCUUAUUAAACCAAAUGCAGAGCAGAAUGCUAAGAUUACAGUAACAGUAAUAAAUAUGAGUAAACCAAUCAUCGCAGUCUUAACUAUAACAGUGUCAGAUAUGGUAACGAGAUCUGAAUGGACUAUGAAACAUAUCAUUUGUUUCAAACCUGAAAAAAUCGAUAUAACUGUACUAAAUCCCUCUCAGAAAAAAGAACUAGAUUUUCAGUGCAUUGUCGAAAAUAGCAUGGCAGUUUUACCUAUCACGAUAAAAAAUAAAAAUAAUGUCGAUGUUCCUAUUAAAAUUUCUAUAUUACAGGAUGAACCAGCAGUAUUUAAUUUAGAAAAUUCAGAAGAAUUGCAAUAUAUCACUUUUAAAUCUCAAGAAGUGCUCACUAUGAAUAUUCACUGCAAGGGUAUUCUGCAAAAGAAUACUGAAACGCAACGAUCUUUACAACGUUAUAGUGGUACUUUAAUAAUUCAAGCCGGAAAUAUUUCAGAGGAGAGUAUAGUUAUUCAAGAAGUUCCACUUCUUGUACAAGUAGGAACUUGUAAGAUACAAGUGAUUGAUACAGACCUACCUUUGGUUGUUGCUAACAAACAAACCAAACCAUUGACUAUAAUUAAUCUCGGAACAAUUCCGAUGCCAAUCUCAGCUUCAUUUGUUCAAGAAAUUGAAUCAACAGAAGAAGUGAAAUAUUUCUUAGUACAACCAGAAAAUUUACUUGUGCAACCUAAGGAAACUGGAUGUUUCCUUGUCACUUACAGACAGCAAACUUCAAGCAUCCCCAAAAUGUAUACAAAAAUCAAAUUAGUUGCUGCCAACAAUGUCUAUCAUUACUCCGUCAUUGGCGAAUCAAGUAUAUAUACUGUGGCAGAAACUGAAAAUUUUCCUCGAUGUGAAACUCCUCAGUAUGUGCCAUCUGUUAGUUCUCCAUCAUCCCCACAUAGCGUGGUUUCAAACAAAUCAGGCACAUCUGGUAGAAAUUCACCUCUUAGUUCAGUGUCUGGUUCAACUGUUGCUGGAGACAAAAUUCCCAUAAGAACUACCCAUGCUGCUCUGAUAUGGAGCAGCGUGAAAACCGGGAAGUCGGAAAUUAAAGAAUUCACCAUUCGCAAUACAAGUAACAACAAGAUCAAGAUACAAGCUACUAUAUCUGAUAGUGAAAAGAAUUUUCGAUUUCUUCGAGAACGGCAAGCCGUUGGUACAACCAUUGUAUUAGCUUUGCAAGGUUUGGAAAGUAGGAUGUUAUCUGUUGUAUUUAGUCCUCAUCAUAUAGGUGCAGCUAUUGGAAAAAUAAUAUUCAAACAUUAUGAGCCAAAAAGAAAAGAUUCUGAAUCCCGACCCGCAAAAGUGCUAUUUCUGUAUGGUUAUGGGGGUUAUAGCAAGGUUGAAAUUUCAGAAGCAUUUAAGGACACUGGAGGAAAAAUGUGGUUGUCACUUGGUAUCUUAAAUUCUGAGGGUUCUUUAAAUGCAAAAAUCAAAUUACAAAACACUGGAGAUUUAUGUUCUUAUAUUAAAAUAAAAUUAAUACCAAAAGCCGUGUAUCCAACUAUGGUAUCGAGCUGGCAAGUGAAUCCAACCGAGCUAUUGCUAAAUCCAAGAGAAGUUCACUGGGUGACUCUGGAAUUUCAUCCACGAAAACAAGAUUUAGCAUUAUUGCAACAGUCUGAUGUAUCGCAUGUUGGAACGUUAUUAAUUACUCAUGGCGAUGAACCUACGCGUUGGAGAAUUCGUAGAUUAUACAAUAAGAUGAAGGAAACAGGUGAGUUAAAUGGAAAUGAAAACGAAGCUUUUAGAAACAUAAUUCAUCCAAUAUGUAAAGCUUUUUGUGGAGAACAAUUAAUGCCAGAUAUAAGUGCCAUUCGAGAUUCAGUGCAAAAUCUCGGAGAUCUUUGUCGGAGUAUUCGCCAACAUGAAAUAAUGUUAACUAUGGAAGUGUGUACCGAUGAGACGCUAUCUGUUCUUCAUGAUAAUGCUGAUGAAUCACAAAUGUUUUAUUCUCUUUGUAGCGACAACAGUCAUAUAUAUGAAGGAAAUGGAGAAAGUUUUCUACCUUCAGAGACCUUCGGAGGAAAUAAUACACUUCAGGACGACAUAAAUAUCGGCAAUUUUAUGGUCAGUCCAUCUAUUGUAGUUUUAAAUCCACCAAUUAAAACAGAGGCAAUUGUAAUAGUAAAAAACUCAUGUACUGUGGCACAGCAUUUGAAACUUCCUUAUCAAAUACAGAGUAUUUAUGUGUUGUACCUGCUGAGGGAAUGAUACCUACUAGAAGAGAAUUUCAACUGAAAAUCCAAU